CCCGCUCAGCGUAUUGCACCACGAGAUGAAAACAGUCGCCGAAUACUAUAAAACAGACAACAUCCAUUGACAAUUCAGUUGAUUAGCUGGCAGGGUCCUUGCCUGUGUUUGUGAGUAGUCAUUAUGGUGCUAAAGUCGUCCAAACACGGAGUUUACUCCGGGAACACACUGCGGGCGUCCAAUUCACGUUAUAACAGACAGUACCGCACUCACAGUUCAAUAGUGAGGCGAUAUGUCGGGGGAACGGAGAACAGAAAACUCCAAAUUGAAAAGCUGAUUGAGAGCUUCGAUGUUCCAGGUUUCGAUGUUGAAUUCUCGCUCAACAAAAGAGAAAGAUGGGUUUUGCCUGAAGUCAUCAGAAAAUACAUCCAGUCCCGAGAGUCGCCUGAAGACACUACAAAAACAGAUUUAUUUCUGAGGCACAAGCUGAAACGACAAUCUAACUGCACAGCUUACUACGCCGAUAAAGGGCAUAUAAAACGACUUGUUCCGAAAGCGGGACGAUAUUUUAGUGGGAAGUCGGUAACAAAUUUCAAAACACGUCCACAACAAGCGAAGAGGCAUAAGAAGACAGUUACCGACAUUGAGGAAACACUUCAACCCGGUACUGAUGAAUCAACAGUAAGAUAUGAGAUAUUCUGUCCGUGUUCCCCCAGAAGCUCAAUUGUCCAUAACCCAAAGUAUAUCAAACCAGAGGCUAGAGACAGUGUCAGCACUUCUGUGAAUGGAGGGAGGAAGAAGAAGCGACGAUCUCGUCUAACUAGGCGAGAUGUGAACGAGAUGUUAGAUGACAGUUGCGAGGACUUUGAUGUUCAGAGCGCAGACGACUCUGACACUGGAGACGUGAUAUCUAGUGGGAACUUUACACUGAGAGACUUCAUCAAAGUUGAACGUAAAAUGAAGCGAAAAUCUCGCACGCAACGACCUAGCCAUGGAGACAAUGACAGUGUAUGUAAGAGAGGUCGCAUUGUGUUUGUUGAUAAAGAUGUGUCGUCUGCUGGCUCAGUGACAACAGAAGAUGAACAAUAUGUCUGCCUCAAGGACCCAACAAUUGUUAUUCCUGUUCCUGUGAAAAUUGAUUUAAAUGAGGCUGCCUUUGAUAACCUGCAAACUGUGUACGGUCGGCGUUAUAUCGAGGCAAAAUGUGAACCCCGCAAGUUUAGUAUUGAUAUGACUGACAAACUAAGAGAUCAUGUUAGAACGUCGACAUUCUUCAGGGACGUGACGUCAUCAUCGUUGGAUCUCCAUGGUUACCUUUCGUUUACAGAGGUCGAAUGUCGGGAUGAUGUCACUCUAAGAAUCUACAAAGUUGCCCUGAACAUUGCUUCUCAUAUGAACUCUAUCAAGCUGGACUCAGUCGUGGAAAUGGAGACCUACACACUGGAACAGCUCGAAGACAAGUGCCUCUCAUACAUCAAUACACUCCCCAGGGAUGUGUUCGUGAAGCGCGACGCCUUCAACGGCCUAGAAAAGCCUUUCAUGACGUUUCAGCUUGUGAAUGUGGGGAGGAGGUGGAAUAUGAACUGUCUCCACCCACACGAGUUCUCUGACAACGUCUACAGUCUACAAGGGACCUACAGAGAAGCUACAGAGGCUGGCUGUCCCACCGAUGUGUGCGGUAUCUGCUAUGACGACAUUAGGGUUUCCACUGAAAGAAUCGACACACGUUCCCCUGCAACUAGCCUUGACGCCUGUGGACACUGGUUCUGUGAUAGAUGUUGGAGACAACAUUUGGUCAACAAACUGCGAUCUGGGCCUUCUGCCUUCACGUGCCCUGAGUAUGGAUGCAGUGUUGAGGCAGACUUCCCCACUCUUCUUUCCUUCCUGCACAUCAGCGACAUCAAGAAACACAUCGAGAGGCAGAUGAGUGAGAAGAUCAACUGCUCCGCUCAGGCUAAGUGGUGUCCUAAACCUCAUUGUGGACGGGCCAUUCUGGCAGAAGGGCCUCCUAUCAAGAGCAGAAUUAUUCCUGUAGUGUGUUCCUGUGGAACAGAUCUGUGUUUUACCUGCAUGAAGAACGCCCACUGGCCUGCCACAUGUGCCCAAGCCAAGGCGUUCCGUGAAAAGGUGAUUGCAUUGAAGGACUACGUCAUUCUUGCCAAAGACACCUUCCUUGAUCUGUUUCCUGAUGCGCUGUCUGUACGAGGUAAGAUGUGCCCAAAUUGCAGGCGAUUCAUCGAGAAGAUAUCUGGAUGUCCUAACAUGACUUGUCCUUGUGGAGCUAAAUUCUGCUGGACAUGUUCCAAACUCACAUCGCAUGGGUACCAUGUUUGUGUCGUUGAAGAACAGAGAGAUUUUCUUAUAGAAGAAUGUGCCAUUGACUAUAAGUCUUUCGAAAGGACACAGUUCUACAACACUGCAUUGGAUCAUCGCCAGCAGCGACUGAAUGUGAACAUCCAGAAAUAUCUCAGCCGGGAGCGCACCCUAACCAAACGUCUGACGGCUGAAAUACACGUGAACGAGAAACUAAGAACCCGAAUCUGUGAUGACGCUAAAACAAGUGAUGACCAACUAUCGGACAGAUUAGCUUUUGACUUCAUGAGGCGCAUGCUCAGUAUGAAACUCGAACUUCACCACGUGAUCGAAAACGUUGCCAUAGCAAUGGAUUACAUGUCUCCGGGAGGUCUCCGCAAUCAGCUCAUGCAACUCCUGACAAGAAUGGAGUCUUGUGUAGCCACCAUUGAGGACACUUUCGACAGAGGAGUUGAGCUGCCCAAUUCCAUGGUGGUGGGGGAUCUGGCGAUUUGCCAGAGGGAGGCCCGUGUGUGUAUUGCCCGUGUCGCACAGUUGAUGAAUUGAUAUGUCUUGAGAGAUCUUCAUCUUGACAGAUCUGUCAAGUCUCCUUGUAUGGAAGUGUGUGAAUAUUGAACUGUGACCUGAACACCAGUGACACUCACAUUGAUUGAUAUGAUACAACUGUACUCUCAUAUCCAUGUAUUUAAACAAUGAAUCUUGACACACGGUUUUUACACCGAGUUACGUCCCCUGAUGCGACAACACUAUGUAAAAUCGAGGAUAAUUGUCUUUCAAAAUAUAUUCCAAGGUAGGAAGCUCAUGUUUCACUGACUGCACUUGGUAAUAACCUGCAGUCUGACCAACACUCCAGACAACCAAAUGGUGCCAGUUGCUGUGUACAGAGCCGGAAUCGUUUACCCAUUCGAGGGGAACCCGAUAAAUCAAGCUACACAGUGAUAGUGAGUAGUCGCCAUUUGUGUCUGGGACUGCUAUUCACUUUUGACUGCUCAUUUGCACUAUUGCAUUUGCUAUCCACAUGUCUGCUUCAUUUGCCCUCCUCAAUCAUUUCGAAAAAAUGAACAUUGAUUAUUAUUUGCCAUAAGAAAAUACCACCUUCUGUGUAUGAUGUGACGUCACUGCGAUUGCCUAUGAACCAGUUUGGUCAAAUUACCACGUGAAAGGUGUCAUCUCGGUAUCGAUGCGUUCAUUGCCCGUGGCGGUUAUCAUACAGAUUAUGUUGUGUUCAAACGAUGUUGAAACUAACCCAGGACCUAUCUCUCGGAAAGAAGUAAGAGAUGUUAUUGCGUCGGAGAUACGUGAUGUCUAGUCGGAACUGAGCUUACAAAUUACAGUUUAAAAGGUGAAGCCAACGCAAUCAGCUCUAAAUGUCAUCAAUUUGAAUAACAAUUACACUAAUCAAAUCUGAUAUUCACGACUUGAAACAUAAUCAUGCCAUUAUGUGUACUGACAAUGAUGCUGUCUCUGACAAAAUUGAAACUGUCGUAGAACGCUUGUCAAAGAUUGAGGACGAUAUGGACAAACUGGAAUCCUUUAGCCGUCGUGAUAAUGUCAUACUCCUUGGUGUACCCAGAAGAAGAAGGUGAGAAAUCAAUGGCUUGCAAGGAAACGGUGAUGAGAAUGUUAAUGGAUCCCUGGGCCCGGUUGUUCAAUACUCGGUUAUCUUAACCGCCGGUUAAGUUUUGACGGCGUCGAGACGGCCUUGAGACAUGGUGUAAUUUUCAAUAAAUCAAACAAUAAAUAAUGAAUUGGUU